AUGUCUUUAGAAAAAGCAAAACAAGUGGCUGCUUUUCGCGCGGUGGACGAAUUUGUAAAAAGUGACUGCGUUUUUGGUGUAGGUAGUGGUUCAACUGUUGUAUAUGCAGUGCAGCGUCUGGCGGAAAGAGUUGAACUUGAACACCUUAAGGUGGUGUGUAUACCAACGUCGUUUCAAGCGAAGCAGCUAAUUUUGAAACAUAACCUUAAAUUAGGAGAACUUGAUACCAACCCAAUUAUUGAUGUAACAAUCGAUGGCGCAGAUGAAGUGGACUCUAAUAUGACCUUGAUAAAGGGUGGAGGUGGAUGUUUAUUACAAGAAAAAAUAAUUGCUUCUUGUUCUAAGGCACUGAUAGUCAUAGCUGAUUACACCAAAGAUUCUGUAAAACUAGGUGACAGAUAUAAAAAAGGAAUUCCUAUUGAAGUGAUUCCUAUGGCUUAUGUUCCUAUAAAAAAUAAAGUAUUAGCAAUGUAUGGAGGAGAGAUAAAAUUACGUUCUGCUAUAGCAAAAGCUGGGCCAGUUGUCACAGAUAAUGGUAAUUUUAUACUAGAUUGGAUGUUUACAAACCAAGAUUUAGAUUGGGAACAAGUGAAUACAUCAGUAAAAAUGAUUCCUGGAGUUGUUGAAAUUGGACUUUUUGUGAAGAUGUGUUCAAAAGCUUACUUUGGGCAACCCGAAGGGACCGUUGUAGAAAGAUCUGCUUAG